AUGCGGCUGCUCUGCGGGGCUCUGCUCUGGCUCUUGGGGCUCUUGUGUGACCUGGGUAACAGCAGCUUCCUCCGGAGCCAUCUCCAUGCCUCCAGCUUCCUGCAGCGCAGGCUGAGCGGCCGGGAGAAGCGGGAGAUGCAGCGGGAGAUCCUGUCCAUCCUCGGGCUGCCGGGCAGACCCCGACCCAAGGCCUCCGCCGGGGGCAAGCUGCCCUCCUCCGCUCCCCUCUUCAUGCUGGACCUGUACCACGCCAUGGCCAGGGAGGAGGAGGACGAAGAGGAAGAUCAGGUGGGCUGGGGCCGGGGGGUCUCCCGGCCCGUGCUGACCAGCUUGAGCAUCCAGGCGCCGCCUUUGGGAAGAGUCAUCAGCCGGGCGGACACGGUCAUGAGCUUUGUCAACAUGGUUGAACAUGACAGAGACAUCUUCUACCAGAAGCCUUACUGGAAGGAAUUUCGAUUUGACCUGACCCAGAUUCCAACUGGAGAAUCUGUAACGGCUGCCGAGUUCCGAAUUUAUAAGCUGCGAAGUUUCACUCGUGAUGUCAACAAAACUCUUCACAUCAGCAUCUACGAGAUCAUGAAGGAGUAUUCCAACAGGGAAUCUGACUUGUUCCUGUUAGAUCUUCAGGAGCUCCAAGCCGGGGCUGAAGGCUGGUUGGUUUUUGAUGUCACAGCUGCCAGCAACCACUGGUUAGUAAACCGUAAACACAACCUGGGCCUGCGGCUUUAUGUGGAGACCGAUGACGGGCAGAGCAUCGAUCCGGGCUCAGCAGGACUGCUGGGUCGGCGCGGGCCACGCUCCAAGCAACCUUUCAUGGUCACUUUUUUCCGGGCAAGCCAAAAUCCGGUCCGAGUUACUCGAGCCGUCAAGCAGCUAAAGAAGAGGCAGCCCAAGAAAACGAACGACUUACCGCAUCCAAACAAGCUUCCAGGGAUUUUUGAUGACAUUCAUGUCUCUGAAGGCAGACAGGUUUGCAGGAGGCAUGAACUCUAUGUCAGCUUUCAAGACCUCGGAUGGCUGGAUUGGGUGAUUGCACCACAAGGAUAUUCUGCUUUUUACUGCGAAGGAGAAUGUGCCUUUCCUCUGGAUUCCUGCAUGAAUGCAACCAAUCACGCCAUCCUGCAGUCACUAGUCCAUCUGAUGAAGCCCGAGGCUGUUCCCAAGGCCUGUUGUGCUCCCACCAAGCUCAGCGCAACCUCUGUCCUCUAUUAUGACAGCAACAACAACGUGAUCCUCAAAAAACACCGCAACAUGGUGGUGAAAUCAUGCGGCUGCCACUGAAGCCCCUGAGGAAAUGCGAUCGCUGGUUUCUUGGCGAGGAAAAAGAACUAUUUUAACAGGUCUGACUCCCAUCUAUGGUGCCGAAGUCUGUAAGAGUCAAACGCCUAGUUGUAGAUAAGACAAAACUUUUAUUCUCCUACUAUACUUCAUGAGACUAGAGACAGCAAAUCGGGGGCUGCUUAAGUCGCAUUGUGUUUCUGGCUAUUGGGUUUUGUUAUAGAACUGUGGCUAGCUGGCUCCUGGAUUAUUCAUUAUUAUCGGAUAAAGUUUAGACUGCACAAGUGACUAGGCCAAGGAAGGCAGGACUUGAGUUGCUUCUAAAUCUAUCAGUAGCUACUUACUUAUGUCCAAGUAUUAUGGUUUU